CUUGUCAAGCACUGUUGGAGAUGGUCUAGUAUUUCAGAACUCGGAUUGCAGUUUAAUAAUUUUAAGUAAAAGUAUUUAUUAAUAGCAUCAUUUACAUUUCAGUUAUAACAAUUGAGUUAAGGAAAUAUUUUAAUAUUUAAACCUGAAACUUCACUGACCUACACAUUCACGUCAGAACAAUCGCAACAUUGUUGAUCUUAUGUUUAACUACCCGUAACUCGAUCAACAAUACUUUUAACAAACCUGUAUUAACAAGCAAAAUAGGAGUUGCAUGCAAUAUGAAUUUAAAUGUAUAAACAAUAUACUAACUUGGAUUAUUGGUAUUAUGGAUUACAACGACUACGGUAUUACCAUUUCAUUAUAAAAGGUAAAUGUUUUUAAACACACCCGACGUAACCUGUGUACAUGUAUAGGAAUACUUAUUGGGACACAGUUUACGUUUCAGACCGACAACUAGAUCGAAACUGAUUAAUUAGACCUAUUAUAGAGAGCAAAUGUGACAAUAUAUAUUCAUGGAAUCUAAACUUAUUAUGUAUUUAUAAUUUAUAGGAAUUGUAAUGGAACUAUAAAAUCAAUACCUAUACAACAAUCGAUCAAUGCAUGUAUAGAGAUCUUACCUGCCAUUGUGGUACUAUUGCGGGGCUUGCAAUAUAUACUGAAACACGGAACUAAAUCUAGGAAAAAACCUACCGGAUAUUAUUUUGGAUUACAUCAAUGUUGGAUCAUCAUUGGUAAAUAUCUGUGUUUUCUAGUUUAUAGGAGCCUUAUUGUACUUGAAGUAUGCAUUUAGAUCGCCGAAAAAAUAAAAUUUCAGCAUGAAAAAAUCAACAUCGAGGUUGUUCAUUUGUGCCUUUUGCUUCUACUUCAGUUGUAUGCUACUUUUGUGGUCAACAGAUUUUCAUCAGACGGAAUACUCCAAUAAGCCACAAGUUCAUAACGAAAAUCAUGUGUUCACGGUAGAAAAACCGAAUAAUUCUGCGAAAAAUGAGAGCUUCAUCGAAGUACCCGAACAUUACUGGAGAAACGUAACUACGAUUCCGUACAAAGCUUUUUAUUAUUCGGCGUAUGCCCAUACAUCAAAUAUCAUCCGAUUGUUCGGGACAAUUCAAAAAGGUCUGACAGAUAGUUUAGUGUGUUGUUUCUUUACGAACAGAGGAGAUAGGGUUGCUGAAAAAAAUAUUGUAGCUCAUUACACUGUGCUACCUGAACAUAAAGGGUUAAGAUACAGUGCUGCAUUUUAUACAUGUCCAUUACCAAAGUCGACUCGUCCAUACGCCGUAUCAUUGUCAACCGAUCAUUGUAAAUCUCCAUCAAACAUCUUGCCAAUAAUUUACCCUCAGCAACAGAAGAGAAAAUUUACCGUCUGUGUUUCUCCAUUGAAUUAUCGCUACAGUAAAGCCUACGAGCUGGUGGAAAUGAUUGAAUUAAAUAGAAUAUUAGGAGCAGAAUAUUUUGUGUUUUACAAUUAUAGCACAGACUCUAAUGUGGAUAGGGUUCUAGAAUAUUAUAAAGAACAAGGAUUAGUUGAAGUUUUAAAAUGGAAUCUACCGAUGAAGGUUGAUACAUGGCCAAAGAAAAAAGAGCCUGUAGAAAUUCAUUACUUUGCUCAACUUGCAGCAUUAAAUGACUGUUUAUAUCGCAAUAUGUACCUCAGCAAAUACGUUGUCUUUCAAGAUUUAGAUGAAUUUAUUAUACCAAAAAAACACUUAACUUGGUCCGAUAUGAUGGAAGCUCUUCCGAAAGGUUCAGGUGCUUAUAUUUUUAGGUGUUUUUUCUUUCGAAAAGAAUGGCCGGACACAACGAGAGACUUUGAAGGUAAAGAUAAAGCUCAAAAAUAUAAAAUGAACACUUUAUUGAAGCAAAAGCGAGAAUCUAAAUUACUGGGAAAAAGCCAUCGAUCUAAAUAUAUUAUUGACCCAAAACAAAUCGAUACUGUAGGAAUUCACAAUAUAUGGCGGUACCGGUCGGGUUCUAAAGCCCAUUUUGUUGAUUCAGAAUUCGCUCGCAUGCAUCAUUACAGGGACUGGUUAAAUCCAAAUGAUGCUAACACAGGUAUUGAGGAUAAUAGGACUAUGGUUUAUAAAAAUGAAUUGUUACAGAAUACAGUACAUGCAUGGGAAAAAUUAAUAGAUGUGCCUUUAGGACCAAUCAUCCAUCCAUGACCUCAAAUUUGCAAUUUGUGUCAAAAGAAGAAUUGACACUCUAAUUGAUGCCAAAACUUAUUAAAAUUAUUUGUUUUUUUUCUAAAAUUGUUGAAUAUUAUAAAUAUUGAAUUUUGA